AUGUUGUUGCGCCACACAGUCUGCGGAACUCUUCAAGGCGCACGGAGCUUGUCGACGCGCGCAUCGGCUAUCCUUUCGUCGCUUGACAUCCCUGCUGGUGCUGCGGAACUCCCAGGCGUUUAUGACGGGCAGUGGUCUGGCUCUGGGGAUGUGCUGGAAAGUGUAUGUCCCACCACUGGGGAGGUACUUGCGCGGGUUCGUUCGGCGACACCGCAUGAGCUGCACGAAGCACUGGGAAAGUCUAAGGAAGCUUAUCUUCAUCUCAGGACGGUUCCUGCUCCCAAGCGAGGCGAACUUUUACGACAGAUCAGAGAAGCACUCUCUGCGAAGCGUGACGUUCUUGGGGCAUUGGUUUCCCUCGAAAUGGGGAAAAUUAAAACAGAAGGCAUUGGGGAAGUCCAGGAAUUCGUGGAUAUUUGCGAUUACGCGGUGGGCUUAUCUCGAAUGAUGAACGGCAGAGUUGUGGCAUCUGAAAGACCUGGUCACACUAUCCUGGAAGUACCUAACCCCAUUGGUGUCGUCGGUGUGCUUACUGCGUUCAACUUUCCGGUGGCAGUAUAUGGGUGGAAUUUUUCGCUUUCAGUCGCCGCUGGGAAUGCGAACGUCUGGAAACCUUCGCCGAGCACACCACUUUGUUCCAUUGCCAUAACAAAGAUCAUUGCGCGUGUGCUAGAGAAGAACGGCAUUCCUGGCGCCGUAUCUACUCUCAUCACGGGCGGAAAGGACGUUGGAGAAGCUAUCGUUGCAAGUCGAGAUGUACCCCUUGUUUCAUUUACAGGUAGUGAGGCCGUAGGUAGGGUCGUUGGUAAGGCUGUUCAGUCUAGGUUCGGUCAGAGCAUCUUAGAGUUGGGCGGGAACAACGCGUCCAUCAUCAUGCCAGAUGCAGACAUGUCGUUAGCUGUCCCAGCCGUCUUUUUUGGUGCUAUCGGCACUGCUGGCCAACGAUGCACAUCUACCAGGCGACUUUAUCUCCAUCGUGCGAUUGCACCGAAAUUCCUCGACGCACUUGAGAAAUUAUACGCUACUAUAAGCGUUGGAGACCCUCUAGUAGAUGACACUUUGCUUGGGCCUUUGCAUACACGUGCAGCUGUUGGAAUUUACAGCGACGCUGUGGAGCGACUCCGCCAAUCUGGUGCUGACAUUCUUAUUGGUGGAAGGAAAUAUGACCAUGCGGCAUUGAGCCAGGGUAAUUUUGUCCAACCCACGAUCGCAGUUCCAAAGACCGUGGAUCCUGCCGAUAAGAUGUGGAGUACCGAAACGUUCGCACCUAUCCUGAACGUCGGCUUGUUCGAUGAGCUGGAGCAGGCCAUUGAAUGGAACAAUGCUGUUCCCCAAGGACUGUCUAGCAGCCUCUGGACCAAAGAUAUUCGGAACGUUGGCAAGUGGAUUGGCCCCGAAGGCUCAGACGCCGGCAUUGUCAAUGUCAACGUUGGAACUAGCGGCGCCGAAAUAGGUGCCGCAUUUGGAGGCAAUAAGAGCACCGGAUGGGGCCGCGAAUCCGGCGGAGAUGCCUGGAAGCAGUACGUUCGCUGGAGUGCAUGCACGAUCAACUUUUCCGAUGCUGCACCUCUGGCGCAGGGAGUGAACUUCUCCACAUGA